AAUGCUGCAAAAUCAUGAGAUUCAAAUGCUGGAAAUGAAUCCCAAAGCCUAGUGGAAGAAUCCGUAGUGGAAGAAUCCCAAAGCCAUCAUGGGUGGAAGAGGCGAAGGAAAGAGAAACUAUGAUGAAACUGGAUUUGAACCAUGGGGAGGCUACAUGGCAGCCAAAAAGUCGAAACUGGAAAACCAGUUUGAAAACAUGCCUGGUAAAAACUCCGAUGGCAUUUUUAAGAAUAUCGCAAUUUUUGUGAACGGUUUAACCAACCCAUCGUCCUCAGAACUAAGGGACAUAAUGCUGCAGCAUGGCGGAACGUACCACCACUACUACAAAAGUCAUGGCUCCUGUCCAACGACCCACAUCAUUGCUUCUAACCUUCCCCACGCGAAGAUAAAGGAGCACCAAAGAAAGCUAGUGGUGCGGCCGGAGUGGAUUUCCGACAGUGUCAAGGAGGCCAAGCUGCUGGACUACCGGCCGUACCUGCUGCUGCCUCCGCAGAACCCGCUGCUGUCCUGUUUCGCAACAGCCUCCACGGGCAAGGACUCGCCCUCGGCGGAGGCCGCCGCCUUGGACGGCGGCUCGGAGAGCGGCGGAGAGCCUGCCGGCGGCGUCGAGCCUACGCCCGGCUCCCCGCCCGGCUCGCCGGGCCAACCGGACGGCGGGGCGGCCGGGCGCAGUCCGGUCAAGCGGGCCGGCGAGCCCGACUUCCUCAAGGAAUUCUACCAGAAGUCGCGGCUGCACCACAUCUCCGAGAUGAAGGCUAUCUUCAAGGAAUACGUCAGCCAGCUGCAGGAGAAACCAGCCGACGGCUUCCCGGAGCGGGCCCGGCUGCUGGCGUGGUGUCGGGACCAGGCCGACGCCGACGCCGACGCCGAGGCCGAGCCGGAGGACGAGGCACUGGUCGCCGUCGAUCAGCCCGUGAUCGCGCACGUCGACAUGGACUGCUUCUUCGUGUCGGUGGGGCUGCGCUCGCGGCCGGAGCUGCGCGGCCGCCCGGUGGCCGUCACGCACUCGCGCGCCGGCGCCGAGCCGGCCCGGCGCGCCGGCGAGGACCGCGCCGCGGAGGCGGACGCCUACCGGCGCCGUCACGGCGGCGUCGACGGGCCCUCGUGGGCGGAUGCGGCGCCGCGCGGCUCUAUGGCCGAGAUCGCCUCCUGCAGCUACGAGGCGCGCGCUGCUGGCGUCCGUAACGGCAUGUUCAUGGGGGCCGCGCUGCGGCUGUGCCCCAACCUGCAGACGAUCCCGUACGACUUCGCGGCGUACCGCGAGGUGGCGCUGGCGCUGUACGACACGGUGUGCGGUCUGACGCGCCGCGUGCAGGCCGUCAGCUGCGACGAGCUGCUGCUGGACUGCACGGAGGUGCUGCGUGAGACGGGCGUGGCACCGCUGCGCCUGGCCGCCUACGUGCGCCAGGCGGUGCGCCGCGCCACCGACUGUCCGGCCUCGGUCGGCAUGGGGCCCAACAUCCUACUGGCGCGGCUGGCCACGCGCCGCGCCAAGCCUGACGGCCAGGCGCACGUGACGGCCGAGCAGGCGGCCGACUUUAUCGGUGAGCAGCGGCUGCGCGACCUGCCUGGAGUGGGCCACGCCACGGCCGAACAGCUGCGUCGGCUGGGGGCCACCAACUGCGCCGAGCUGCAGCGGCUGGAGCUGGCGCAGCUGCAGCGCCAGCUCGGCCCGCGCACCGGCCAGCAGCUGUACGACUUCUGCCGCGGCCGCGACGAGCGACGCAUCACGCCGCACGCGCCGCGCAAGACGGUCUCGGCCGAAGUCAACUACGGCAUCCGCUUUAGCGACGCCGCCCAGAUGUCGACCUUCGUCAACGAGCUGUGCGACGAGCUCCGCGCGCGCAUGGUGGCCGCCGCCUUCCUAGCCGACGUGGUCACGGUGAAAGUGAUGGUGCGCGCGGCCGAGGCACCGGCCGACUCAGCCAAGUUCCUGGGCCACGGCCUGUGCGACACACUGACGCGCUCCGGUCGGCUGGCGGCACCCACCGACCGCGCCGACGUGCUGCGC